CGGGAAUUAUAAACCAACAUGGCGGAGAGUGUAACACAUGUUCCAAGCUCGGAAGGUGUCGAUGUUAAAAUGGACUCUGAACAGGAAGAAUUUUCACGCGUGAAACGAAAAUCAAGAAAGAGGAAGCUUCAACAAGCAGAAGAAGCCGGACAAACAUCAAUGGACACGACCGAGGCUGCCCCAAAGAGACCCAACUUCCCUCCCAUAAGCGGAGAGAAACUCAUGGGUGGAAAGUCAGAUAUGAGGAAAAUAGCAGUACCAGCAAACAGAUACACACCUCUUAAAGAAAAUUGGAUGAAAAUUUUCACACCCAUAGUUGAACAUUUGCACUUACAAAUUCGAUUUAAUCUUAAAAGCAGGAAUGUGGAACUAAAGACAUGCAAAGAAACAAAGGACAUAGGGGCAUUACAAAAAGGGGCAGAUUUUGUCAAAGCUUUUACUUUAGGUUUUGAUGUAGAGGAUGCCCUAGCAUUGGUUAGACUUGAUGACCUAUAUUUGGAAUCCUUUGAAAUUACAGAUGUCAAACCGCUGAAAGGUGAUCACUUAUCAAGAGCAAUUGGGAGAAUAGCAGGAAAAGGGGGAAGAACAAAGUUUACAAUUGAAAAUGUUACAAAAACAAGAAUAAUUUUAGCAGAUACGAAGAUACAUAUUCUGGGCUCCUUUCAAAACAUAAAGAUAGCAAGAACAGCUAUAUGUAGUCUUAUUUUGGGGAGUCCUCCAUCCAAGGUAUAUGGAACUAUGCGUUCAAUUGCAGCUCGUUCUUCGGAAAGAUUAUGAUAAAAAAUAUUAACAUUGGACUAAGUGGAAUUAUGUCAAAUUUCUCCAACAUAGUUUUUUUUUUCUUAAUCUGAAAAUAUGUAGAGAUAACUGUAGUCACAGCAGGAAUCAAGUCUUCUACAUCAACCCCAAACUGGGAAAAAUUUAUGACUGAUUCAGGAUUCCUAGGACAAUUUCACCAUGCUUAUUUAUUUGUACAUAUUUAUAAAUAUAUAUUUGGAUGGAAUCGUGCAAUGUGAUUGCAAGAAAGGACAAAUUAUAACUCUUUUGUUAAGACAGAUGAAUCGGAGGUCAAUUUUGUUGAGAAACUCCAAGGAGUUGAUUUUUUACUGUGACACGUUGAAGCAGUAAAUGCUCAUUGUUAGCAGUUCCUAAUUUUAGUAAAAAACAUUACAUACUAAAUUGAAAUUCAUAAUUGACUUGCUUUUUUCCUCAGUAUGACAAGUACAUUUGAUAUCCAUCUAGGAAGUGUUUAUGAAAAUAAUUGUAUUUUAACAUCUGGUCAUUAACAUAAUGGCCUGUGGAUUAAUGAUCUAAUAUUUGAGUAACACAUUUGGCAAACUAAGUUAAACCCAUGAUAACUACCCGGAAUAAUAAUAUUUUUGGCAGCAACGUAAUAAAGCAACAG